AAAAUUGCCAUAAAUUCGUCCAAGUUCUCUUAUGCCGGCACCAAAAAGGUGAUACCUCAAAAGACGCUGUCACUUAUUAUCCCCAUACGCAUUUUUUUGCUCAUUUUUACGAAACAAAAACUAUUCUAUAACUUUUUCCAAUCAAUUUCCAUUCUAGCCAUACCUUGUUUUGCAAUGAAUGAUGUCUAGGUGUCUUAAACGAUCCAAGUGAAGCUGACCUUAGCAGGCACGGAACGACCCCGCAGACUAUCGUAAAAUAUGGGCAUCACACGUUAUAAAAUUGCUAAAUUUUGACAUUUUUGAAAAGAAAAAUCUUUUUUACAUCUACUGAUAUCAUUUUUUCAUACUUUACUGCAAUUGGGAACUUUUACCAGGGGAUAGUCUGCCACCACGGAAACACCAAAUAUGUUCUGCGAGAACUCAGAAAAAGUUUGCGCCCGGUUGCGUUAUGAAGGGAGCCGGGCGGGGAGCGAGCUUGUUGGUGCGGCGAUGGCAGUGUUUUAGACGUCAAAAGGCCAAGGCUUAUGACUCGUCUCCCAUGACUCGCGUGUUAUUUUUGUGAUUUGUUUGGUACCUUCGUUUGAUUUGUGUGAAUGUGAUUUUAAAGGAGGAUGCCCCCGCUGCUGCUACUGCUGCUGCUGUCGGCGGCGGCGGCCGGCGCCGGCGGCUGCCCGGUCGACUGCAGCUGCCCCUCGGUCGGCGCGGCGCUCUGCCGCGGCUGGCCGGCCGCCGCGGCUCUCUCCAACGUCACCCGUCUGGAGGUGCGCGGUGCCGCCGGGUCACCGCCGAACGGCCUGUUCGCCAACGCCUCACUGCUGGAGACGCUGCAGCUGCGCGACUGCGCGCGCCUCCGGCUGGCCGAGCGCAGUCUGGUCGGCCUGCACCUGCUCCGACACAUGUCCGCGCCCGACUGCGGCCUCUCGGCGCUGCCGGCGCACGGACUGGCGCUGCUGCCCCGGCUGGAGGAGCUCGACCUCUCUGGUAACCGGCUGACGCGUCUGCACCGACACCAGUUCACCUACAACACACACCUGGCGCGGCUCAACCUCUCCGGAAACCCGCUGGCCGGCGGCGUACACUCGGAGGCGUUUUUCGGCGCCGAGCGGCUGCGCGAUCUGGACCUGAGCGGGUGCCGGCUGCGCCGCGCUCCCGGCACCUGGUUCCGCCGUCUGCCGGCCCUGCAGAGGCUCGUGUUGGCCGGGAACGAACUGACCAGCGUGCGCCGGGUGGAUACCCGCGACUGGCGCUCGCUGAGGCAUCUUGACCUCUCGGCCAAUGCCAUAUCGCACGUGGAGCGCGGUGCGUUCAACGUAUCGACGAACCUGACGCAUGUCAAUCUGUCUGGGAACUAUCUGAGUGAGCUUCUCGGCACGGGGCUGAACUGCAGCGAACUGGACCUCAGCAACAACUCGUUUACGGUGGCGAAUCGUUCGUACGUGGAGCUGCCCGGUCGGCUGAGGGCUCUCACUCUGACAAGCUGUGGGCGACUGAUGCACGUCGGGCGUAAUCUGCUCCAGUUCAGCCUCGGCGUUCAGACGGUCAACAUCAGCUCGAACGGCAUGCUGACGGAAAUAGAGCACACGACUUUCAGCCACCUGGAUCGCCUGAAAGUGGUGGACCUGUCUGGGAAUGCUCUGGAGAAGCUGCCGCGCAGUCUGUCCACUGCAACUCUGGACACACUCGAGCUGGUCGACAACAACUUCAGCUGUGACUGCAGUCUGCAGUGGUACAGCCGCGCGCACCCGCUGUCACCUCUCACGUGCCGUAUGGGCGACUCGACGGCUCGUCUGGCCGACGGGUUGGCUCACGUGCUGUGCGAGCCGGUCUCUGUGACUGUUCACCAGACCCAGGCGUGGGCGCCGUACAACGCUACGGCCACCCUCGAGUGUCAGCCGGCGGGCCACCCGGCGCCGGCGCUCACCUGGAUCACGCCGCAGCGGUACGUGUUCCACUGGGUGCCCGAAGAUGCGGACGAUGCCGGAGACCGCCUCCACCCCGACCGGCACACGGCGCAUCUCGACGAGCACCGCGAGCUCGAUCACUACCGCGUGCUGUCCGACGGGCGGCUGCAGAUCAGCGGUGUGGCAGAGCGCCACCGUGGCCGGUACGUGUGUCUGGCGGAGGGAGACGCCGGCUCGGCGGCCGGCGGUGUCUACCUGACUGUGGGCGUCAACAGCCUGCAUGAUGUGAAGAUGAUGGCGCUGCUGAUGGCACUCACCGGCUGCGUCACGGCCAUCACCUUCGCGCUGGUCGUCAGACUCGGCCUGUACAUCUUCUACAAGUGCGGCUGCUGCAUCUGCUGCACUGACGAGCUGCCGCCGCGGGCCAAAAUCAAGGGCAUGGUGGACUCUAUGGAGCAGUGGCGCGCCCUGCAGCUGGCCAGCCUGCGGGAGAGCUACAACCAGCAGGUGGCCGGCAUUAAGGACAGCUGCUACCAGCAAGUGGAGCGCAUCCGCGACACCUACAAGGGCCAGGCGCGCUACGUGAGCGACAUGCGCGACUACGGCGCGCAGCAGAUCGAGGGAUUCAGGGAGCAGUACCUGGACCAGGUACGCCGAGUUCGCGACUAUUCUCUCGGCCAAAUGAACCGCGUCCACGAGAACUACAUCUUCCAGCGGAACCGAAUCCGCAAGUUCAGCGCCCACCAGCGCGUGCGACUGCGCGAGACCUACAAGUACCAGCAGAAGACGUUGAACAAACUGUUGGAGACGCUGCCGGACCUGUACCUGCAGAACUGUCGCACCGGCACCUGCCAGCGAACCGAGAGCAUGAUGCUGCCUGGGGAUCAGCAUUUCUACUGUGACGCUGACGUGGAGUGGUCGGCGGAGCAGCUGGCGGCUAUGGCUGAUCUCUAUCCGCCCGGUGAGCAGCUGGAUGCCACAGCAGAGGAAGGAGAGGAGCCCGAGCUACCCACCGUGGCCGGCGCCGAGCUGACGCGCCGGCUGCUGGCGCUGGCACCGGCCCUGGAGGCGGCAGACCGGGAGGCGGCUCGUCGAGAGGCCGAGAGAGAGCAGGAGGAGCAGGGAGAGGGAGCGAGGCGCCGCCAGGGCGGAGUUCGGGAUACGGACGGGGCAGCGGCAGAGCAGCUUCUGGUCGCCGCCCGGCCGCUCGGCGCCGAGAGGCCGCGCCUGGAGAGCCAUGACCCCGAGCCGGAGUCUGAGUCGGCCGACGAAUGGUCGGAGGCACCGCCUGCCUCACCUCCCGCCGCGCCGGCGGUGGCGGCGGCGGCAGCAGUGGCGGCGGCAGCGCCAGCGCCAGCGGCGGAAGCGGCGGAGGGGGAGCGAGCCGCCGACGCGCCGCUGAGGGUCCGCGCAGUUCGCAGUGACGGCGUCUGUCCCAGCGAGGUGGAGGUGGUCGUCCUGGAGAGGGGCCGCGCCAGCUCCGAUGAUGGUCAGGCGGAGAGCUCGUGCUGAGGGCGCCUGCAGACGGCGGCAGCUAGUAAGGACAUUCCGGGUGCCCGGGUAGCGUGCCCGGGCCGACCGACUGUGUGAUAACGGGUCCGCUGCGCCGGCGGAGAGCAGCCGCUGCGGGCGCCACCCCCUCCCUCCCGACCAUAUAUUAGUUAGAACGCCAGCGGACAUUGGUACCGAACUGAACCCGGCAACGCCAGUGGCAGAUUCUAGCAGCCACACAACCCCGGUGAUGCUGCAGUGCAUGUUCGCGUCUUUAUUCUCUGUGCGUUCCCGGGCUGGGACUGGACAGGUGUCUGUUCGCCGUUUGGUGGCGUUGGCUCCGCCCGCAGUCUAGUGAGCGAUAUGCAAACCCGUCGGACUGUUACUAUACUUCUCUCUCCUCGCGUGGAUGUCUACGCUCGUCCGUCGUUGCGCGCACCGGUGCGCGGCUCUGGAGAGCUCUCGAAUGUCCGCUCGGGCGCGCGUUCGAGGCUCAUUGUGGUGUUGUAAGUGCAGGUGGCGUACGGACGCAAAUAUGCUCAGUUAUGUUGACGGACCCAGGCCGGGCCUCGGACAUCAAUUAUGCUGUAUGUGAUGUGUCAUAAAACGCUGGCAGUCGCCCAGCCCUUGUCAGUGCUCAGUUACGGUAGUACGGGCACCAAUCGUAUUAGCAUGUGCCGGCGUGCGCUGCGCCGAUUUAUUCUCUAACUUAUAUUGACGACGAGCGAAUAACUGUUGGAUGUGCGUGGGGCCCUGAUGUCGGCGCAGGAGCUUACCGGCGACAGGACUGUCAGGCGCCUGGUGUGUGGACGUUGAACGAUCGCAGCUGUCUUCGUCUUCGUCGCCAGCCGGCGUGUAUUCUAGUUCAUGCCAGCUGCGUACUUGUGAUAGUGCAAAUAUAUAUCCUAUUCCCGCA